GAAAAGUAUGCGCAACUCAGCAAAACUAUAAGUAAGGGACCGCCGAAGGACAACCGAAGUACCCAGAAAAAAACUGAGAAAUGGAGGAAGCCAAAGGUCUUGUGAAGCAUGUGUUGCUGGUGCGGUUCAAACACGACACCACGCCUGACCAGAUUGAAGAACUCAUCAAGGGCUUCGCCAAUCUCGUCAAUCUCAUCCACCCCAUGAAAUCUUUCCACUGGGGAAGGGAUGUGAGCAUCGAGAACGCCCAUCAAGGCUUCACCCAUGUGUUCGAGACAACGUUUGAGAGCACGGAGGGAAUAGCAGAGUACUUACCUCAUCCGGCCCAUGUCGAGUUCUCGAAACGGUUCCUCCCCCGGUUGGAGAAGGUCCUUGUGGUCGACUUCAAGCCGACCGCCGUUCACACUUAAAACUGAAUCGAAUUGCACUAUGUUCUGCGGGUGUCAUGCUUAAAAAAAAUUUGUACUGUAUCCGAGUAGAAGCUUAAAUUACGUUGUACUAUUACGUUGGUUAAUGCGAUCGAUAUGGUUUGGAGACUUGUAUUUGCAAAA